CUAGACUGAGAGACGGUAUUAUACACAUGAUAUGAAGCGCAACUUGCUCCACACAAGGAUUUCCUAGAAACACGCUGCGCUUUAUAAAUGAAAAUAUAAUACUGCCUGCUUAAUGACAAAUUCUUUUCCUCGCUUGACGACUUGAAUGUGCCCAUUAGGAAUAUUUCUGUAUGUGAAUUGGAGGUGCUACGGGACUUAAAUUAUUCUUUUGACUUAAUUAUUACUGCUUCAAGAAACAAACGGAAAUCAAGUAGAAUAUAGUAGUAAUGUCGACUCUUGGCGAUGGUAAUAUGGGAAAUGAUAGUAGCGCAGGGAGCAGUGGUGGAUUAGGCGAAGGUAGCGGUAAGACAAACAAGCAGCAGCAACCAGCAAAUGUGUUGCAAAGGAUAACCGGAAUAUUAGAGGAUAAGAGUAAUGAUUACUUGUGUCCAAUUUGUUUCGAUCUUAUCGACGAGGCGCAUAUCACGCGUUGUGGACACACAUUCUGUUAUAGUUGUAUCGUGAAGUCUUUAGAAACCAAAGAUCGUUGUCCAAAAUGUAGUUUCACGUUGAGCCAACAGGAUAUUUUCCCGAAUUUCCUAUUACAUGAACUAAUAUCAAAAUACAAAACAAGAAGUAAAGGUCUCGCACAGAUAGGUUCUUAUACAACAGAUGGUAGACGUAGAUCAGCAGGUACCGAUUCAUUGUCUUCUGCGUGUGAUGGUUUGAGAAACAUUGUGGCUGCGGAAAGCGCCAAUCUUACUCUACCUGACGUGAAUGUGAUGUUAGAGGUACUGACUCAACGAAAGCAUCUGCUCGAAGCAGAGACUUGUACAGCGCAGAAUAAAUUGCUGCACGAAUUUUUGAAACACUUGUUGCAACAAAAGGAAGAACAGAAAAAUCAGUUGCAGAAGGAGGUGGCAUUAAUCAAGAAAGAUAUGGAGGAGGUAGAGAGCAUUUUGAAAGAUGUCCAAAGUAAAUGUCCGCGAGUGGAGGAUCUGAAAAAAAUCAGCGAGCACGAGACUGCGCAGGUUUCUGCUAUCAGGAAAGAGAUGCUCGGCCUUAUAGAUAUAAUAGACUCAAAUAUGGUGAAACCUAGCGAUAAGGCAACUGGCAUGACUGAUACUUUCUUUGCGAAUCAUCCAAGCGGGUCCACUCAGAAACAGAACGAAUUUCCAAGUGGCUCAACUCUGGCUAUACGUCGGAAAAGAUUGCACGCACAUUUUGACGACUUCGUACAAUGUUAUUUCGAUUCGCGCGGUAAAGAGCUAUUGCUUGGCCAGAAAUCACAAUCGUCGCAAAGUGAAGCGCAGCAGCACGGUGGUAUACACAGUACGAGCUCUGGUCUGGAUGUGUUUCGCGAGAAUCUUGUCAAAUUCUCGCGGUAUAAUUCACUGCGAUCGCUGGCUACACUCAACUAUUCGUCAGAUAUUUUCAACAAUUCCACCAUUGUAUCUAGCAUCGAGUUUGACAAGGACAAUGAGUUUUUCGCGAUUGCCGGUGUCACGAAACGCAUCAAAGUAUUCGAUUACGGAGCUGUUAUACGAGACACUGUAGACAUUCACUAUCCGUGUGUUGAAAUGGUCUCAAGUUCAAAAAUCUCGUGUGUUUCGUGGAAUUCUUUUCACAAGGGAAUGCUGGCCUCUUCGGAUUAUGAGGGUACGGUGACUGUGUGGGACGCUACAACAGGUCAGCGCACUAAAGCGUUUCAGGAACAUGAAAAGCGGUGUUGGUCUGUGGACUUUAACGACGUGGACACAAGGUUGAUCGCAUCCGGUUCCGACGACGCUCGUGUCAAAUUGUGGGCGCUAAAUACAGAUUACUCCGUGGCAUCAUUGGAAGCAAAAGCUAAUGUCUGUUGUGUGAAGUUCAAUCCGCGUAGCUCGUGUCACCUGGCCUUUGGUUCUGCGGAUCACUGCGUGCACUAUUACGAUUUGCGUAAUAUGAAGGAAGCGUUAUGCAUAUUCAAGGGUCAUCGUAAAGCCGUAUCUUACGUUAAAUUCAUUAACAAAGAGGAAAUCGUGUCUGCCAGCACAGAUUCUCAGUUGAAAAUGUGGAACAUUAAUAAUCCACUUUGCUUACGUUCUUUUGUGGGACAUGUUAAUGAGAAAAACUUCGUUGGCCUCGCUACCGAUGGUGACUAUGUCGCUUGUGGAUCAGAGAAUAAUGCGCUUUAUGUAUAUUAUAAAGGCUUGACAAAGCAACUGUUUUCGUACAAAUUUGACGCAGUACGAAGCAUACUGGAGUUGCAAGACAGAAGGGAGGAGGACUUGAACGAAUUCGUGUCCGCGGUCUGUUGGAGACAGAUGUCCAAUGUUGUAGUAGCUGCUAAUUCCCAGGGAAUUAUCAAAAUAUUAGAACUUGUUUGAAAUAAUUAUAGAGAACUGGAUGAACGUUAAAUGAGGGUGGUUAAACGAUACUCGACUAAAAAAGGAUCUAAAUGAAAAAAACAAUAAUUUAAUAUAUAUAUGAAGUGUUACUUAUACGUUACUGAAGAAUUUAAUAUCUCUGGUCCUGGAUCCCGCCCAACGGAAAGGGAGCUCCAGGUUUGACUUUCGGCCUGAUUUGAUAUUUGAGACACUGUAUAUAAUGCUAUAGCCGAUUAAUACGAAAAUAAACUUAUUUUCCGAGUAAUUGCGUCCUCUUGAUAUAUUUUCUGCUCUUAUUUUUUCUUUUCUAUUUCACACUUAAACUUAUUUACAUUUAUAAUUACAUUUAUUAUUUACGUUUUACAAUUAGUGUGAGGAUGAGUAACGAGAAACGACGAAAUUAUUCUAAAUAGCGUAAUACUUCAUUCUAAUGGUGCGUAAAAGGAAUUUAUAUAAUACAAUGGAUUGUAAACUGUCAGAUUGAACGGUACAAAUAUCGUGUCUUGACAGUUAGAAUGGUAGUACGACAUUAAAACUGAUGAGCGAAUAUUAUGCAGGAAGUGAUCUCUGACUGAUUUAUGCUCAAUAUACUGAAGAGCACAAAUAUUUUCUCUGUGUAUUAUGUGCUGUAUAUAAGUAUGAAUAUGGUAUUGGUAUCAUUAUUUUUUCAUCUUAUUCAAUUCUAAUGUUCAAAAUGUACUGACUAAAUCAUACUAAUGAAUUUUUCGUAUUAUUACACAGAGAAAACCAUUUUUGGAAUUUAGUAUUCUUAUUCGUUUGACUCAAGUGAACAUAUAAUUUUAUAUUAAAUAUUUUGUUUAAAUAAAAAUUUUAUUAU